AUGACAUUUAAUUUAAGUUGUAAAUGGAGAGACUGGAAUCCAAGUGAAGAAUGUUGGAAGCAAUGUUUAAACAUAUUGGGUAAUAAAGAAGAGGUUGAUAGAAUAAUGGCAUUCAAGAGACCGUCACCAACAGUCAAAGGAGCAUGGGUCACUGGCAAAGACAAUGAUUCUGCAAAGGCAUCAAUGUGUGGACGACUCUUGAUGCUCUGGGUAGCAUCAAAGACCUUUUCAAAACCUCCCAGUCACUUUACAUUCAAGAGGGAUGCCAAUGAGAAACCUUUUAUCGUAGGGUACGACAAUAGUACCAAAGAGAAUACAAUUCACUUUAAUGUAUCACAUGAUGGUGACUACACCAUCAUCACCUCUUCAAAUGAUACAUCUAUCCAAUCAAUUGGUAUCGAUAUAAUGAAGAAUCAACCUCCAAAAGGACAGUCUAUUGAAGAAUUCUUCAAGACUAUGAAAUCAUGCUUUACAGAGUUUGAAUGGAACAAUAUUAAAUCGCAAACAACCGAGUCAAAGAGACUAGAACAUUUCUACAGACAUUGGUGUUUAAAAGAAAGUUAUAUAAAAGCUGAUGGAAUUGGAUUACAAUUAGGAUUACAAACUAUGGAAUUCACAUUGGACGAUGAUUUUAAAACAGCCACCUUGAAACUACAUGCAAAGCCUACACCCAACCCAUGCCAAUUUAUUUUGGCCAAUAUUGAUGACCAUUUUGUUGCCUAUUGCAUCAUGACCUCAAAGACUGCCGUGACAGAUCAACAACAACAACAACAACAACAUUACCAGUUACAUCUCAACAACAUUCAAACUAUUACACCUUUAGAUUUAUGUCAACGGUUGGAGGAGAUGAAUAACCAACAACAACAACAACAAUAA